CGGCUCGACCUCUUUCGCAGUCUGCCGUCGGUGAGCAAGGACGUCCACGUGCUAAUCCUCUUCAAAACUGUACUGCUACAUAAAUCAUCAUGUCUAACUCUAAGGCUAAGCCUCCAUACAAAGUUGCUGACAUCAACCUGGCCGAGUUUGGCCGCAAGGAGAUGGAGCUUGCAGAGAAUGAGAUGCCUGGUUUGAUGGAGAUGAGGAAGAAGCAUGGACCCAGUAAGCCACUUAAAGGGGCUCGUAUUGCUGGAUGUCUUCACAUGACCAUUCAGACGGCUGUUCUUAUUGAAACUCUCACAGAGCUCGGAGCCGAGGUCACAUGGUCCAGCUGCAACAUAUUCUCCACCCAGGAUCAUGCAGCCGCCGCCAUUGCCAAGACGGGGGUGCCAGUGUAUGCCUGGAAGGGUGAGACCGAUGAGGAAUACAUCUGGUGCGUUGAGCAGACCAUUGUCUUCCCCGACGGUCAACCACUUAAUUUGAUUCUUGAUGAUGGCGGUGAUCUGACCAACCUUGUACACACCAAAUACCCACAAUUCCUUCCAGGUAUCAAGGGGCUGUCUGAGGAGACUACCACUGGAGUCCAUAAUCUAUACAAGAUGAUGGAGAAGGGAGAGCUCAAGAUCCCAGCAAUCAAUGUCAAUGAUUCUGUAACUAAGAGCAAAUUUGACAACCUUUACGGCUGCCGUGAGUCACUCGUCGAUGGCAUAAAGCGGGCGACGGACGUCAUGUUGGCUGGAAAGACCUGUGUCGUUGCCGGUUACGGUGAUGUGGGCAAGGGAAGCGCACAGUCUUUGAGAGCUUUCGGUGCCCGUGUGAUCAUCACAGAGGUCGAUCCAAUCAAUGCUCUCCAGGCAUCCAUGGAAGGUUAUGAAGUGACGACCAUGGACGAGGCAUGCUCAAAGGCUCACAUCUUUGUUACCGCCAGUGGCUGCAGUGGAAUCAUCGAGGAGCGUCACUUCCUGCAGAUGAAGAACGACUCUAUCGUCUGCAACAUCGGUCAUUUUGACUGUGAGAUCGAUCUUGAUUGGCUCAACAAGAAUGCCAAAAAGGACACCAUCAAACCACAGGUUGACCGUUACACCAUGCCCAGUGGGAAGCACAUCAUUGUCUUGGCCGAGGGUCGUCUUGUCAACCUUGGCUGCGCCAUGGGUCAUCCCAGCUUCGUCAUGUCCAACUCUUUCACUAACCAGGUCUUGGCCCAGCUUGAGCUCUGGACAAAUUCAGAGAAGUACAAGGUUGGAGUUGUUAUGCUGCCCAAGACGCUUGAUGAGGAGGUUGCCCGUCUUCAUCUGGACCACCUUGAUGUCAAACUGACCCAUCUCACCGACGAUCAAUCCUCAUACCUGGGACUGAAGAAAACUGGACCAUUCAAACCCGAUCAUUACCGAUACUAGACCCAGCGUGCAUUCACAUGCUCCAUUUCUUUCAUCCGAGGCGCGCGGUGGGUUGCAUUUACAUUGCACAAAAUCCUGCGUUCGGAGAGGGGUUCCUCAGCGGGAUGAAUGGGAAGAUGAUUAGAUCAUGAUAUCUGCAAUUAUUCAAUCAAUCUUCGUCCUCCUUAUUAGAAUUUUAGUUAAUGUCUGUGGCACUGUUGCCGAAAUUGAAUUUUCUAUCGUAGUUGUGAUUACAGUAUUCAUAUGAACACGAUGUGAGUUUGUCUAACAACUCUCUCUAGUGUGAAUUUAAGAUAACUUCUGAUAUCAAAGAUGUCAUUAGAAAAACAUAACUUUUUUGGUUUCUUCAUCAUCAGAUUUGUAUUCCUGGAGGAGGUUCUUCUCUCUGUAAUUCUUCAUCAAAAGGAAAAGGUUCUCUCUGUAAUUGUAUUUAAUACCAGAUAUCAAGUUAUAUGACACACAGUUGCAUAGAUUUAUUUUCUGUUUAUUUCAUUGAUGAUCUCCAUGAAAGUUGCUUCAUUUAUAUGAAAUAAUAGCAUUAUACUAUCUUUGCUUACAUUCCAGAGAUGUACCAUAUGAAAUACCAUACUUUUAUAGGGAAAAUUAUGUAAGCAAUAAAAUAAGUACCAAGGUCUAUUUGAAUAAUUACACAAAAUUCAAUUAAACAGGAUUAUAACCAUAAAAAGUUGACUAACCAGAAUUACCUUCUAUUCAACUGUUGAAUAGGUUUUAUAUAGUUCUUUUAAUAUUACUUUCUUUUCAUAGAUAUUUCAUCUCUAUGAGACUGUUUAAUAAAAGACGGUUGACAGCUGAUUUAUGUGGUAUUCACAUAUGUAUGUUUAUUAUUGACCAGAAAUGAUGUACUAUUUUCUUAGCAGUUCCGCGAUGAAUCCAAUUUAUGUGGAAUUGGUGGUAUCAAGAUUUUGAAAAUGAUUAAAACGUGGAAAUAAUUUA